AUGGGAGACGAAGAAGUUCAAGCACUUGUUGUAGAUAAUGGAUCUGGAAUGUGUAAAGCCGGAUUUGCUGGUGAUGACGCUCCAAGAGCUGUAUUCCCAUCCAUUGUUGGUAGACCAAGACAUGUUUCAGUUAUGGCUGGUAUGGGUCAAAAAGAUGCAUAUGUUGGAGAUGAAGCACAAUCAAAGAGAGGUAUUCUUACACUUAAAUAUCCAAUUGAACAUGGUAUUGUCAACAAUUGGGAUGAUAUGGAAAAGAUCUGGCAUCAUACUUUCUAUAAUGAACUUAGAGUUGCUCCAGAAGAACAUCCAGUUCUUUUAACUGAAGCACCAAUGAAUCCAAAAGCUAACAGAGAAAAGAUGACUCAAAUUAUGUUUGAAACAUUCAAUACACCAGCUAUGUAUGUUGGAAUUCAAGCAGUUCUUUCAUUAUAUGCAUCAGGUAGAACAACUGGUAUUGUUAUGGAUUCAGGUGAUGGAGUUUCACAUACUGUUCCAAUUUAUGAAGGAUUCUCACUUCCACAUGCUAUUCUUAGACUUGAUCUUGCAGGACGUGAUCUUACUGAUUAUCUUAUGAAAAUCUUAACUGAAAGAGGAUAUGCAUUCACUACUACUGCAGAAAGAGAAAUUGUUAGAGAUAUUAAAGAAAAACUUUGCUAUGUUGCAGAAGAUUUCAAUGAAGAAAUGCAAAAAGCAGCAUCAAGCAGUGAACUUGAAAAGAGCUAUGAACUUCCAGAUGGACAAGUUAUCACAGUUGGAAAUGAAAGAUUCAGAUGCCCAGAAGCACUCUUCCAACCAUCAUUCCUUGGUAUGGAAUGUAAUGGUAUUCAUGAAACUACCUACAAUUCAAUUAUGAAAUGUGAUGUUGAUAUUAGAAAGGAUCUUUAUGGAAAUAUUGUUCUUUCAGGAGGAACAUCAAUGUAUCCAGGUAUUAACACCAGACUUGAAAAGGAAAUGAUUCAAUUAGCACCACCAACAAUGAAGAUUAAGGUUAUUGCCCCACCAGAAAGAAAAUAUUCAGUUUGGAUUGGAGGAUCAAUUCUUGCAUCACUUUCUACAUUCCAAAAUAUGUGGAUUACCAAAGAAGAAUAUGAUGAAUCAGGACCAGCUAUUGUCCACAGAAAAUGCUUCUAA